UUAGCAUUACUUCCACGAAUCGCAUCAUCAAUCUAUCUUGCACCGUCCCGUCACACCAGUAUCUUCAUCACCUCGUCACAGACAGUUACCUGCGGUAGCGCCGAUCCGGCCCCUGCCCUCACAAUGCGGCGGCAAACGGGCAAUUUGCGAAGACAUGCCGGCAAAGCAGAGCAUGAGUUCGCAUCAGCGCACGGCCCUGUUUACGAUCUCGGCGGCCGCAGAAGACAAGGGAGGGCUGAGAGUCUGUAGCCACAUCGUGAAAUACGCCGCGUCUCGCCAGCGUAUUCCAACGUGUUCGCGACGCUGGGAUGUGAAACGCGAACAACGCGAACAGGACGGGAUGCUCUUGCAUAUCGCGCAGUCAAGGCUGAUUCGCUGUUUUGAGCGCCGCGAGGCGUUGUUUGGCUGUUUGACAACUUGGGGCAUGCAGCUGACAGGGCUUUGUUUUAGAGCAGCGGUUGGGGGCUGUUUUGGCAGUUAUCCGGGCAGGGAUUGGUCGUGGUACGAGACCGGUGCUCGACGACGUGCAUGAGAGGUCUGUGGAGCAGGUGUUUAUGUGAGGGCGAUACUUGCAGGGCUAGAUAUGGCUGGGUGUGGGCACCGGGCGGGGGCUGUUGUGGAAGGAUACG